AUGGGAAGCGAGGCAGCGGCAGAUGCAAAUGAGGAGGCCGAGAAGAAUGAGUCGCUAGAGAUCGUUUCGAAAGUAGAUGGUGAAGACCAUGCUGAGAACCCGGAUCCUGUGAGUGAUUUGCAGGAGGAGGUACGGGAUGCCGAGGUUGAUGAGCAUUCGUCACACCACUCCACGGCUGAGUAUCAUGAUGUGAUGGGAAGCGAGGCAGAGGCAGAUGAUGCCAGUGGCCCAAAGGAAGGGGUUGAGAAGGAGGAGCCCGCGGACAUCGCUUUAAAUGUAGAACACGAUGCUGAAGCAACAUCAGGGACUUCCCACUCAGCCCAAUCACACCUACCACAGGUUUUUGACAUUGGCUCCCCGAAGGCUGACGAGCCGGGUGCCGAGGAAGCAACCGAUGAGGCGGCAGCUGCAGCGGAGGACGAUGACUUUGCGGCUCCCCAUCCCGACGAGGAGCAUCUCGAUGUGCCAAGCACCGGGGCCACCAAGCUCCACCAAGAGUGUGAGGAUCCGGACGAAUCCGGAUCCGAAUGCUCAGACGAUGAGGAUUCGGAGGCCUCUGCAUAUGAGGUCGGCGGGUCGGAUGAAGAGGCUGACAACGAUCCGGACUGCGAUGGAGGUCCAGACCCCGCGAACCUCGAGCCUCCGGCGACUGCCCAGCAGAGCGCGAGUUUGCCCGAGUUUUUUGACAUCGGCUCCAUGGAUGAUUCAGCACCAGAGGCUGAUGAGCCUAGUGAACCAAAGGCCGAGGCUGCAGAGAGUGCGGAGGCCGCAGCUGUGGAGGCAAAAACUGAGGCGGCAGCUGCGCAGGCAGCUGCGGAGCUGGAGGAGGCAGCGGCUGCGGAGGAUUCGCCCAAGCAGAACCCGGACGUCCGCGUGAUGUCCCAGACCGAUCCCCAGGUGAAUUCCAGCGACAAGAAGAUGAGCAUGCGAAUCGAGCGCGCCAGCACGGACUCACAGCUGGUCAAUCCGUCUGCCGGCUUGGCCAAACCUAGCCAUGCUGCCGGCAUUGGCGGGUCGCGAGCCCUUAUGGGAACAGGAAGCACCGCGACUCAUGUCCUACAGCGGCGUGGGUCCAUGUCUUUGCUGGAGGAUCCGCUCGGUCACACGGCUCAGACUGUGCCCCAGGCCCAGGAUUCCGGGGACAAGAUCACGGCGACGGGGAGCACCGGGAGCGCCAUGGCGAGUGGGACUCAGACAGGCAUAGACAGCGUUCCAGGACCCGUCAUGAAGCGGGAGGUGGCGCUGUGCGGCCGGACCGUGCUGGAGGAUGGUCCUUGGCUGCCGCUGCGUUUUCAAGCAGCAACAGAGGUGCCGGCAAGCGUGAAGCCCGAUGCCAGCGGCAGGACGCACACGCUGCCAUCUUCACUUCUUACUAGGGAUCCCACGAAGCCCAGACCGAAGAAGACCCUUCGGUUCUCGGAGCACGUCGACCACAGGUCAAUCAGCCCCAGACCCCGGUCCGCAACAGCUCCCGAAGCCUCCGGAAUGGAAGACAAGAAAAGGACAGCCCAAUCCGGGCCGUCCACAGCCACCAAACCCGUGCCGGUGCAGAGCUCUAGCUUUUCGGAGUUCUUGUUCCUCCCACCGGUUCCUGAAAACAAGACAGAGCCACCUCCACAGCCUUUGUCCAACUUCUUGCUUGCUCCAAACGGCAGCACAGCUCAGCACGCAGUGCCGGCGGUUGAGAUGGAGAGCAGCCGCCGAAGUGGGGAGGAGCAUCAUGCCAGCAGUGCCCACCACCACGGCAGCGAUGCCCAUGAUUCGUGUCAGGUUGACCAGAUGGCCCUGGAGGCCCACGAGCGCGACCUGGCAUGCAGCUUGGAAAGGCGUGUUUUGGAACGCGCCUAUUUUCUCUUUCAGAACGGGCACAGCGACGACCCACUCAAGAAUUACUACACCGCGCUCAGAAUCGAGAUGAGCCUGAGCGCGUGA